AUGGCUACCAACGUCGAAGACUUCGCAGCCGUUUCCUUGGAACCACACGACUACGUCCUCGAGGAAAGCGUCAAUCAGAAGAUUUUCGACCAACUCAUUGUCCAAGAGGAGCUCGCGCACCUCAAGGAUGUCGGUCAUUUGACGGACGGAGUCCAGCCUAUUGUCAUCUUUGUCGUGGGGCAGACAGGAGCCGGCAAGACUCGUCUCGCUGCUGACCUGUUUGGUGCAAUACAAGGACGUCAACCAGCACAUGUAAUCGCCGACGUCUACAAGACCUAUCUGGUUGUCAAUACGCUCAUCGCUGAAACAGAUCCUGAAUACGCCACCAUCCUCAAGAUUGCUCCCCAUCUGGCGUCCCCUGCCACGAGCACAGAUGCCCGAAAAUGGCUCGACCUGGCAAGCAAGUGGGCCAUCCAGCGCAAGGUCGAUGUACUCCUCGAGUCUGCGUGCCGCCACCCGGAAGACUUCACCUCUCUGAUCUCCGAGUUCCACACUGCAGGCUAUCGCGUGCUGGUCGCGCUCAUGGCCGUCCCCGAAUGCCUGAGUCUCUUGGGCACCAUGGUGCGGUACUACAAGAGACUGCCCGAGGCCCAGUCUGCGAACAUCCCACUGAGAAUGACGCCUCGGAAGGAUGGGAUACUGGCCGCAGCUGAUUUCAUCGACAACUCCACCGCCGCCACAAACGUCGUGGUCGUGCGCCGCAACAACCUCGUCGCCUACCAGAACUACCGCGGGCCCGACGGUCUCUGGGUCCGCCCCGCGUCGGCCCUCGCGUCCGUCGACCUAGAGCGCAGCCGGCCCCUUCCCACCGCGGAGCACGGGAGCUUCCUCGCGGACUGCCACUACGUAGAGGAGCAGGAGAGCAGGAGCGGUGUGGCGGAGGCGACGCUCGGCGAUGUGGAGGCCUCGCUGGCGGGGCUGAUGUCGAUGGGUGGUCGCUUGAGUGCUUCGUUCCCUGCGUUGAAGCCUCUUGACGUUGAUGAGUGGGUGCUUGGAACGUAG